UCGGCAUCUUGUUAAUAGGUUAGUGCCAGAAAAUGCAUUAAAAUGAUAUAAAGUGUAUAUAAAACAUGUGAGUAUUGUCAUAAAACUAGCAUGGAACAUAAGAAAUUAUAGAUACGUUUGAGACGUAUCAAGCAUCCCCAAGCUUAGUUCCUACUCGCCCUCGAGUAGGUAAACGAUAAAAAGGAUAAUUUCUGAAGUGACAUGCUGCCAUCAUAAUCUUGAUCAAUACUAUUGUAAAGCAUAUGAGAUAAAUGAAGUGAUUCAAAGCAAUGGUCUAUAGUUUGUUAACAAAUAGAUAAUGACUAAACAACUGAAUCAUAUAGCAAAUACUUUUCAUGAAUAGUACUUUCAAGACAAGCAUCAACAAGUCUUGCAUAAGAGUUAACUCAUAAAGCAAUAGAUUCUUAAUAGAAGGUUUUGAGGCAACACAAAGGAAGAUUUAAGUUUCAACAGUUGCUUUCAACUUUCAACAUGUAUAUCUCAUGGAUAAUUGUCAACACAAAGUAAUAUGAUGAGUGCAAAUAAGCAAGUAUGUAAGAAUCAAUGCACACAGUUAACACAAGUGUUUGCUUCUAAGAUAGAAAGAAGUAGGUAAACUGACUCAACAUAAAGUAAAAGAAAAGCCCUUCGCAGAGGGAAUCAGGGAUUACUCAUGUGCUAGAGCUUUUUAUUUUGAAAACAUGGAAACAAUUUUGUCAACGGUAGUAAUAAUUCAUAUGUGUUAUGCAUAAAACCUCCUAUAAGUUGCAAGCCUCAUGCAUCGAAUACUAAUAGUGCCCGCUCCUUGUCCUAAUUAGCUCGGAUUUCCAUGGAUUAUCAUUGCAUUACAUAUGUUUCAACCAAGUGUCACAAAGGGGUACCUCUAUGCCACCUGUACAAAGGUCCAAGGAGAUAGAUCGCAUUUGAUCUCUCAAUUUUGAUAGAUCUCAACUUGAGGACAUCCAUACCGGGACAACAUAGAAAACAGAUAAUGGACUCCUCUUUUAUGCUUUAAGCAUUCAACAACAGAUAAUAUUCUCAUAAGAGAUUUGAGGAUUAAUGUCCAAGCUGAAACUUCCACCAUGAUACAUGGCUUUGGUUGGCGGCCCAAAGUUCUUCUCUAACAAUAUGCAUACUCAAACCAUUUAACUCAUGGCAAAUCUCCCUUACUUCGGACAAGACGAACAUGCAUAGCAACUCACAUGAUAUUCAACAAAGGUGUGAUAGGUUGAUGGCGUCCCCAGAAACAUGGUUACCGCUCAACAAGCAACUUAUAAGAACUAAGAUACAUAAGCGACAUAUUCUUUACUACAAUAGUUUUUUAGGCUACUUUCCCAUGAGCUAUGUAUUGCAAAGGCAAGGAAUGAAUUUUUUAAAGGUAGCACGCAAGCAAUUUACUUUGGAAUGGCAGAAAAAUACCACAUAGUAGGUAGUUAUGGUGGACACAAAUGGCAUAGGUUUUGGCUCAAGGUUUUGGAUGCACGAGAAGCAUUCCCUCUCAGUACAAGGCUUUGGCUAGCAAGGUUGUUUGAAGCAAACACAAGUAUGAACCGGUACAGCAAAACUUACAUAAGAACAUAUUGCAAGCAUUAUAAGACUCUAUACUGUCUUCCUUGUUGCUCAAACACUUUUACCAGAAAAUAUCUAGACCUUAGAGAGACCAAUCAUGCAAACCAAAUUUCAACAAGCUCUACGGUAGUUCUCCACUAAUAGGUUUAAACCACAUGAUGCAAAAGCUUAAACAUGAUCUACUUGAGAGCUCAAGACAAUUGCCAAGUAUCAAAUUAUUCAAGACAACAUACAAAUUACCACAUGAAGCAUUUUCUGUUUCCAACCAAAUAGCAAUAAAUGAAGCAGCUUUCAACUUUCGCCAUGAACAUUAAAAGUAAAACUAAGAACACCAGUGUUCAAUAUGAAAAAGCGGAGCGUGUCUUUCUUCCACACAAGGAAUGCUAGGAUCCGAAUUUAUUCAAACACAAACAAAAAUAAAAGCACACAGAUGCUCCAAGUAAAGCACAUAAGAUGUGACCGAAUAAAAAUAUAGUUUCACUAGAGGUGACCUGAUAAGUGGUUGAUGAAGAGGGGAUGCCUUGGGCAUCCCCAAGCUUAGAUGCUUGAGUCUUCUUGAAAUAUGCAGGGAUGAACCACGGGGGCAUCCCCAAGCUUAGACUUUUCACUCUUCUUGAUCAUAUUAUAUCAUCCUCCUCUCUUGAUCCUUAAAAACUUCCUUCACACCAAACUCAAAACAAUCUCAUUAGAGGGUUAGUGCAUAAUCAAAAAUUCACAUGUUCAGCGAGGACACAAUCAUUCCCAACACUUCUGGACAUUACCCAAGGCUACUGAAAUUUAAUGGAGCAAAGAAAUCCACUCAAACACAGUAAAUGAGGCAAUGUGAAAUAAAAGGCAGAAUCUGUCAAAACAGAACAGUCCGUAAAGAUGAAUUUUUUCAAGGCACUUAACAUGCUCAGAUGAAGAAGCUCAAAUUGAAUGAAAGUUGCGUACAUAUCUGAGGAUUACUCAUGAAUUUUUACAGAAUUUUUAGAUUCCCUACAGAGAGAACAGCUCAAAUUCGUGACAGCUAAAAAUCUGUUUCUGCGCAGAAAUCCAAAUCUAGUAUCAACUCUCUAUCAAAGACUUUACUUGGCGCAACAAUGCAAUAAAGUAAAGUGUUGGAGAUAUGCUCAAGAGGCAAUAAUAAAGUGGUUAUUAUAUUUAUGAUAAAUGUUUGCAUAUCAUGCUAUAAUUGUAUUAACCGAAACAUUGAUACAUGUGUGUUAUGUAAACAACAAGGAGUCCCUAGUAAGCCUCUUGUAUAACUAGCUUGUUGAUUAAUAGAUGAUCAUAGUUUCAUGAUCAUGAACAUUGGAUGUUAUUAAUAACAAGGUUAUGUCAUUAGAUGAAUGAUAUAAUGGACACACCCAAUUAAGCGUAGCAUAAGAUCACGUCAUUAAGUUCAAAUUGCUAUAAGCUUUCAAUACAUAGUUACCUAGUCCUUCGACCAUGAGAUCAUGUAAAUCACUUAUACCGGAAGGAUACUUUGAUUACAUCAAACACCACUGCGUAAAUGGGUGGUUAUGAAGGUGUGAUUAAGUAUUCGGAAAGUAUGAGUUGAGGCAUAUGGAUCAAGAGUGGGAUAUUGUCCAUCCCGAUGACGGAUAGAUAUACUCUGGGCCCUCUCGAUGGAAUGUCGUCUGAUUAGCUUGCAAGCAUGUGACUUGGUCACAAGAGAUGACAUGCCACGGUACGAGUAAAGGGUACUUGUCGGAGACGAGGUUGAACAAGGUAUGGAGAUACCGAUGAUCAAACCUCGGACAAGUAAAAUAUCACGAGACAAAGGGAAUCGGUAUCGUAUGUAAAUGGUUCAAUCGAUCACUAAGUUAUCGUUGAAUAUGUGGGACCCAUUAUGGAUCUCCAGAUCCCGCUAUUGGUUAUUGGUCGGAGAAGAGUCUCGACUAUGUCUGCAUAGUUCACGAACCGUAGGGUGACACACUUAAGGUUUGAUGUCGUUUAAGUAGAUAUGGAAUAUGGAAUGGAGUUCGAAGUUUUGUUCGGAGUCUCGGAUGGGAUCCAGGACAUCACGAGGAGUUCCGGAAUGGUCCGGAGAAUAAGAUUCAUAUAUAGGAAGUCAUAUUCCAAGUUUGGAAAUGAUCCGGUGCAUUUAUGGAAGGUUCUAGAAGGUUCUAGAAAAGUCCGGAAGAAAUCACCAUGGAAAGUGGAGUCCCGGAGGGACUCCACCUUGCAUGGCCGGCCAAACCCUAGGGGGGAGGAGUCCCAGGUGGGCUCCACCUAGGUGGCCGGCCACCCCACCUCAAGGAAAGGUGGGAGUCCCACCUUGAGUAGGACUCCCCCCUUGAGUAGGUUUCCCACCUAUGGGAGGUUUUGUUGUUGGGGUCUUAUUCGAAGACUUGGACUACAACUCUUGGGGAUUUCCACCUAUAUAAAGAGGGGAGGGGAGGGGCUGGCCGGCCAGACCAACCCCACCUUGGCCGCACCCCCCAAGAGCCCCCUCUCCCAGAAACCCUAGCGGUUCCCUCCUCCCUCUCUCUCCCACAUAGCUUAGGCGAAGCUCUGUCGGAGAUCUCCACCACCACUGCCACCACGCCGUCGUGCUGCCGGGAUUCCGAGGAGGAUCUACUACUUCCGCUGCCCGCUGGAACGGGAAGGAGGACGUCGUCAUCAACACCGAACGUGUGACCGAGUACGGAGGUGCUGCCCGUUCGUGGCACCGAAGAUCUUCUACGCGCUUUUGCAAGCGGCAAGUGAUCGUCUACAUCCACCACGAGAUCUGAUCUCGUUAACGCUUUGUGAUCUUCAAGGAAACAAUGGAUCCAUUCCAUCGAGACUUCGAACAGGAAGACAUGUUCAAGGACAUAAUCCGCGCACCCGACCUAGAAGACGACCGAGAAGCCGACGGAUCCAUUGAUGGAGAAGCCGAGGGCUCCGGUGAUGGAGAAGCCGAUGGCUCUGCUGAUGGAGAAGCCGAGGGAUCCGGUGAUGGAGAAGCCGAGGGCUCCGGUGAUGGAGUAGCCAAGGGCUCCGGUGAUGGCGAGGCCUCCCAAGAUAAGUUGGACAAACGAGGUCCGGCAAAGAAAUUGGGCAAAAAUGAUCACUACACAAUUACACUUAUAUCACCUAAAGGCGAACCGAUGGAACCCGCAAAGGCCGCAAAGACAUUUAGAAAUCAGUGCAGAGUUAUGGUUAGGGAUCGCAUCCCGAUCACUGUUAGAGAAUGGAACAAGAGCAAAAAGGUGCCCGAAAGUGAGUUUGUUGCCGAUAGGUUCAAAGGCAAGCUUUUUGACGACCUCAUGGCACAUUUCACCCUGCCAGAAUUGGAAUCGCAGAUUGAGAUGGACAAGCAGAGGGAGAAAGUGAAGAAGUGGGCUCUUCAGAAGAUGGGGGAACUAUUCUGGCAGUGGAAGAAGCGAUUAUGGGUAGCUUAUAAGCAGGACAAGAAGCCUCCAAAAUUCGAAGGCUAUCUAGCAAAGCAGGAUCAUAACUGGGAAGCAUUUCUGAAGUACAAGACCUCAGACGAUGCUGAGGAAUUGUCAAAGAAAAACAAGAAGAAUGCAGAUGAAAAGGAAUAUCACCAUAAAACGGGGCGAGGGGGCUACAAAAAAGCCAUGCCUAAGUGGGCUGAACAAGAGGCUGAGAUGCAGCGGAAUGGGAUCAUUCCAGAACCCAUCCGAGAAAACUGGGACUUGAGGGCUCGAAAUUGGUUCCUUGUGCAUGGCUGUGAGUAUGACAUGCGGACAGGGAACCUUGUUCAAAGUGACAGCAAGGUUAAGGUACCCAGGGAAAAAUGGCUUGAAGUGACGGUAGAUAUUAAAUCGGGAAAAUUGAAGUUUGUUCCCGAUAGAGAGAAUGACUUGCUGACGUUUGUCCUCGGGAAUCCUGAAAAGGGAGGACGAACAAGAGGCCUCGGCCCUAGUUAUCCGUGGUCGAUUGGGUUUCCGAGCGACAUGGAGACUUAUAGAAGCCGAGCGAGAGAAAAACAACGCCAGCAGGAGGUGCAGAAUGACCGGUUAACCGAGUUCCAACGCCGACUUGACCAGCAGCAGCGGGAGAUUGACGAACUUAAAGGACGGCGCAAGCCAGAUAAUACCGCCGGCAUAUCUCAGAGGCGAAGCAGCGUGGCUGACUCGGAGGCCCCGCCUGAAUAUACACGGAUGAUAGAUGGCGGUCCUGGCUACCACGUGGAUGGAAUCAAGGAGCAGACACCUUGUGAUCUCCAUGAGGUGUGCAGGAACCUAUCUCUGAAGGUGGCGGUCGGCUUUGUUUUAUAUACCUACAUUAGGACCUGAAUGACAUAGGCAUCCCCAAUGGGCCUGCCGAAGAUGGUACCCGGGGUUUACUGAAGGUCCACGACUCGAUGAGUAUGGAGAUUCGGAAGCCCAAGUUAGUAUUAAGGAAAGCUAGAAAAACACUUGUAAUCUUUCGGGAUGAGUUAGAAACCUUCCCGGACUCUGUAAUGUGUGUACUACGAAUCCCUCGGCUCCACCUCCUAUAUAAGGGGGAGUCGAGGGACAAAGAAAGGAUCGAUUCAUUGUCU